GGCGCUAAGUAGGACGAUUCGACUCACAACAUUUUUUGUUUCUAGUCGACAAGUUGAUGUUUGAGUGCGGCGUUUUUGAAAGACUGCAAGCUGAAACUUGGAACUGACGAAAUCAUAAAGGUUUCUUAAGUAAAUAUGGAUGAACUAAGGCAUCAAGUUAUGAUAAAUCAGUUUGUUCUUACAGCCGGAUGUGCGGCAGAUCAAGCAAAGCAGCUUCUACAAGCUUCACACUGGCAGUUUGAGACUGCUCUUAGUACAUUUUUCCAAGAGGCUAAUAUUCCCUACGGCCAUCAGAUGAUGUGCACUCCAACCAACACACCAGCGACACCCCCCAACUUUCCAGACGCCCUAGCCAUGUUCUCUCGACUUAAAGCCUCCGAGAGCUUCGGCAACAGCAGUCCCAUCGCUUCUAUGGCUACGUCGCCAGCACCUCACACCAACUGGGCUAUGAGCCCUCCGGCAACCCCUGGUCAUCAGGGACGAUGGACUCCAGGUCAGCUAAUGCCGCAAUCGCCGCCACCAGGCUGGCCGGCAGCUGUAACUCAGCAAGCCUCCGCUGAGCAUGCUAGUAUGAUCAUGGAGGCAGAGAGAUAGAGACUGCUUAAACUAGCCAUCACACCUUACAGGAUGAGGAGGAUGGAACUUCCUCUUGAUGAUUUCGGCAGUUGUGGAUGUAAAGCGGUGCGACGAGAGCACUGGGUUGCAGUGAACGGUGGUGGAACAGCAUGUGGCCUCUUCUGAGGUCGCAGGAGAUCUGGGACUCUUUUAAUAAUUUUUUUUUUUUUUUUUUUUUUUUUUUUUUUUU